AUGAAAUGCCAGCGUUUCGGGGAAGAGACAUGGAACAAGAUUCGUUACGUGGACGCUCAGAAAAAACUCCACGCAUCACCAGUCUUCAGUACUCUGAAGGUUAACUCAUCCUUGUACAACAAUGGACAUGCAAGCCCAAUGACAGAUAUGUUAUCCAAAAGUGACCUGGCCUUCGGGACUAUCUCACACGGGUCUACUGAAGCAACGGAGAAUCAUACAUGA